UACGUCCUUCUUCCUCUUCUUUGUCCAAAACUACUGUUUGAUUAAGUCAACUUCUGUAAGCAAUGGUGUUUUGGGAGGUGUGUGUUGGUCUUGUUGCUUUAGCCGUUGUUGCAAGUGCUGAUGAUCCUUACAGGUUCUUUGAAUGGAAUGUUACGUAUGGUGACAUUUACCCACUUGGGGUUCCCCAGCAGGGUAUUCUUAUCAAUGGACAAUUUCCAGGCCCUGAUAUUUACUCGGUGACUAAUGACAAUCUCAUCAUCAAUGUUCACAACAGUUUAUCAGAGCCUUUUCUCCUUUCUUGGAACGGUGUCCAACAAAGGAAGAAUUCAUUUGAAGAUGGGGUGUAUGGAACCACAUGUCCAAUUCCUCCUGGCAAGAACUUUACUUAUAUUUUACAAAUGAAAGAUCAAAUUGGCAGCUUUUAUUACUUCCCAUCUCUUGCUUUCCACAAGGCAGCUGGUGGUUUCGGAGGCAUUAGAAUCCUCAGUAGGCCUCAGAUUCCUGUUCCAUUCCCUCCCCCCGCUGAUGAUUUCACUGUUCUUAUUGGAGAUUGGUACAAAACUAAUCACACUAAACUCAGGGCCAUUUUGGACCGGGGCCAUAAGCUUCCUUUACCCGAUGGCAUUCUUGUUAAUGGCCGCGGACCCAAUGGUACAACUUUCACAGUUGAUCAAGGAAAAACUUACAGGUUUAGAAUAUCAAAUGUGGGACUGCAAAAUUCUCUCAACUUUCGCAUUCAAGGCCACACGAUGAAGUUGGUGGAAGUUGAGGGGACUCAUACUGUCCAAACAACUUAUUCAUCCCUUGAUGUUCAUGUGGGUCAGUCUUAUUCUGUGCUAGUUACCAUGGGCCAGCCUGCUCAGGAUUUCUACAUUGUAGUCUCAUCCCGUUUCACCACCAAGGUCCUCACCACCACGGCCAUUCUCCACUACAGCAACUCUCAAAGCAAGCCAUCGGGCCCACUUCCCGGAGGACCCACCACCGAAAUUGACUGGUCUCUCAACCAGGCCCGCUCCAUUAGGACUAAUCUAACAGCAAGUGGACCGAGGCCAAAUCCACAGGGCUCAUACCAUUAUGGUCUUAUUAACAUUACAAAAACUAUCAGGCUACGGAGCUCAGCUGGUCAAGUAAAUGGCAGGCAAAGAUAUGCAGUCAAUAGUGUAUCUUUUACACCAGCUGACACCCCCCUCAAGCUUGCAGACUACUACAAGAUUGAUGGCGUUUUUCGCGUUGGAAGCAUCCCGGAACAGCCUACUGGUGGCAAAAUCUACCUUGACACAUCAGUCAUGGGAGCUGACUAUAGAAACUUUAUUGAGAUUGUUUUUGAGAACAAAGAGAGCAUUGUCCAGAGCUGGCACCUUGAUGGAUAUGCCUUCUGGGUAGUGGGAAUGGAUGGAGGAAAGUGGACACCAGCUAGUAGAGAUCAGUACAAUCUGAGAGAUGCAGUUUCACGAAGCACCACUCAGGUAUAUCCCAAAUCUUGGACAGCAAUUUACGUCUCACUUGACAAUGUGGGAAUGUGGAACCUGAGGACUGAGUUUUGGGCUCGGCAAUAUCUCGGACAGCAAUUUUACUUGAGAGUUUACACGAAUUCAACAUCAUUAAGGGAUGAAUACCUCAUUCCAGCUAAUGCACUUCUCUGUGGGAGGGCCGAAGGCAGAAGCACAAGGCCUGUAUAAAAGAAGUUGCUCCUACUUUAGUCAUAGCUAAUUUAUUAACAGUAUCACACAUUCCAUUUGAGUUAAAAGGCCCCAGCUGGAGGUCCUAUUCUUUUGCAACGAAAUCUGUGCUGUGGUUUGUCAUGUUAAGAGUGAAGUAAUUCAUUUGUUUUGUUCAUAAGGGAUGCCCUUUGAAUAGCUUGAUUAUACUUUUGUUUCUGAGAAAUAAAUGCAAUCCAAAUACUGAUGUCCUGUUUUUGUCGA